AUGCCUACCAUAGCAACAAAAUCUCGUGAACUAUCGAGAUCUUGUUGAUUUGUGCUCAAGCGACAGAAAAGGAUGACAAGAUGGCGUUAAUAUUGAAAGCGAAGACGAUCUGUUCUUCAAAAACCAUUUCUGGUUUUUAUCCAUUAAUAGCUCGAGCUUUGAGCACAAGCAAAGCAGAUCAGAACAAUGAAGGGUGGCUAAGUAAGCUGUUACACGUUCGUAAAAUUGAUCCUGGAAAGGACUCCCAUUCAAGACUUCUCUCUGACUCAGAUACUGUAUAUGAAUUACAGAUUCACGAUGUUAAACCGGACAGUAUGGAGCCAUAUCUACAAGGAUAUGAACAGUGGGUUCAAGUACUUCAAGAGAAAUCCAAGAACACAGAGCUUGUAGGGAGUUGGAGGGUUGAGAUUGGAGAUCAGGAUCAAGUUGUUCAUAUUUGGAGACACAAUGGAUACACAAAUGCUAACAAGACUUUCGAACUUUGUGAUACUGACCUUGAUCUUAAAAACUUGCACCAAGAAAGAGUGAAUUACCUUCGAGCCCGACAGAACCAGAUCAUGUUGGCAUUUAGUUACUGGGGGCAUGCACAACCAGCAGUCAGAAACUGCAAGUAUGAGAUGAGAUCGUAUAUCUUGAAGCCUGGCACAAUGAUUGAAUGGGCAAACAACUGGGCAAGAGGUAUCAAUUUCAGAAAAGCCCAUGCUGUUGCAGGAUAUUUCUCCCAAAUUGGACAGCUUUACAUGGUUCAUCAUAUCUGGGGCUAUCCAGAUCUUCAGAAGCGAAAAGAAUAUAGAGAAGAAGCCUGGAGGAAACCUGGCUGGGAUGAAUGUGUAGCAUACACAGUGCCAUUGAUUCGUGAGAUGAGGUCACGCUGGUUAACACCCAACUCAUUUUCACCCAUUAAAUAGAAGAUGAUUUUUUUACAAUGAUUAGGUUAGCCAUCACAGUUGUUACAGAAGAUGUGUGGCAAUGAACAAGGACUAUUUAGAGAAAAGCUUCAUCCACAGCUUGAGAAACGUCCAUAUUAUGUAAAUAGAUUGUGAAGAAAAUUGUAAUUGUAUCAAGCUUGGGGAAGUCUGUGCUUCCAAUAGUUAUGAUAAAGAUAUCUUAACAUGGUAUCAAAGCACAGGUAUUUAAUGACCAAAAAUUAUGUGCUAAGUGUAGCACUAGAAGAAAGUUUUGAUUGGGAUUAAUAAAGUUACAGUAGCAAGAAAAUAUUGUACCAAUAAUCUAUCUUUGUAUUUUAUAGUUGCUAUAAAAGCUUAAAAAAAUGGCUUUCUUGAUAAUAGUUUCAGGAAAUAGUUGUAGCUACUAGCUUCCAGAAUGGGAGUCGAAAGAUAAAAAUGUUCUGAGUAUAAUUUGGAAAAAGUAAAUGCCAUCAGCAUAAUAGAUUAAAAUUAUCAACAACUAAAAAUUAAAGCACUGGAAAUAAAAUUCCUUGAGUUAACAGUUAGAAUUAAAAAGUUUUAGACAUUGAAAUUUUUGUUAUUACUUCUAAGCAAUUUAGUUUAAAAUUCUUGUAAUAAAAUUGUGAUUCAGCAUGUUA